GGGGCAGUGAAUGAAAGAUAGUGACACAGUUGGCAUACGACUUUGGCACUUUCAAUACUUUUAGAAGUUUUUACAAAAUUCUCGUUUAAAUGGAUUAUACAUAUUGCUUACGCAACAGCGGCGACAAUGGAAACUUAAAAGAAAAACUGAAUGGAAUGCGAUCCGAUUUAACAUUGCUGAAAGAAAAACUCUAUCUAGAAAAACUCUAUCUAGAAAAAGCGCUAUUAGCAAAGCAACAGCAGGAACAAGCAGACCGUCAAUCCUGUGGAUUCAAACAAUCCGACUAUCAGCUUUUUGCACAUAAAUCAGAACGGCAAAGCAAUAGGAGUGAACCGGCAAUUUUGAUGAAUAAAACGUACCUGCGGGAUAUCGAAAAGAAAUGCGAUAACGAAUUGAAGAAGCUUAAUGACUACGUAUUCAAUAUAAAUGAGUUGAGAAGUACCUGGAUAAAAAUGAGAAGAGCGCAGAGACUCAAUUUGGCGAAUGCCGAGAAUCCGGAAAAGGAGAUUUCGAGCUUAUCGGUACCUAGACAAUAUCUAAAAGGAAAAGUGUUUUAUAUAGAUAGCGACCAGUACUAGACAAUCUGUAUCUUGUUUUUCACAACUCGUUUUUCUUUCGCUUUUAAUCAACUUUUGUGUCAUUAAAUAUUAUCCAAAAAGUUCA